GUGUACAGUGGCAUGGCAUUCCGACUGAUCGAUGAUAUAGGUAUCUGCAUCGACGGUAAGCGAUACGCGGAUGUUGGACAUUUUUCCACUGAGGAUAUUGAAGUGCGCAAUCGCUUGUUCUGGAGCUGUUACUUCUGGGACAAGCUCAUAUCCCUGUACUUUGGCCGAGCUCCCAUGAUCCAAAACUCUGAGAUCAGUCCACCACGAGUGCUAAUGGAUGAUACAGCCGAAAUUGAACCUUGGACUCCGCAUGGGCUCCCUUCUGCCAACUAUCGACCAAGACAGGCGCAUUCGAUUUCAUGUUUCAUCCAGAUGUGUAGUCUUGCAGAAAUUUUGAACCAGAUCCUGAUACACUUGUACAAUCCUUCCCACGAGCUGUCACCCACUAAUGCAUACCAAUGUGCAAUUUCGGAAGGCUCUAAACUGCAAGAUUGGUGGCGAGAUCUUCCCGAACAUCUAAAGAUUAAUCUUGCGGAGAUGCAGUUGGAUUGUCCGCCCAGUCAUAUCGUUACCCUCAACUGUCUCUAUCAUACGAUAAACAUUUUACUGAAUCGCGCGAAACUCAAAUUAAGCAGGGAGUCCGGCUUGGCGAGCGCCAUGGCUGAUCGUAACCCUUUGAUUCAUUGCGUGUCAUCUGCAACAUCAAUCAUUGCAUUGUUUGAUUUGUACAAGCACGCUUUUGGCGAAGGUCAUGUUAUUCUCAGCCUGGCGUACAGUGUUUAUACCGCAGCUUCAAUCUUUCUGUUAGAACUGCAAGCAAUCGGCCACAACGCACCGAAUACGCUGGAAAGACUCAACUUUUGCAUAGGUGCCCUGGAGCGCCUGAGGCAUACAAACCCAGGCUACAACAUAUCGAAGGAACUCGAAGUACUUGGAAUCCAAACAGCAUCCUUGGAACCGUCUGGCCCAACCGUCGACACGACGGAACCCAUCGCGAAUAAUCCUCUACUGCCUCUACCCAUGGAUAUAUAUUAUCCUUCUGCGUCUGCAAACAACAUGCCUGGAAGCGUUGAACAGAACGAUGAGCCCAUCCUAUUGGAUCUUUCGUACCUCAAUGGACAGAUAGAGGGAGCUGGAAGUUAUAAUCUGCUGGACAUGUCCCAGGAGAUGUAUGGGGCUUUUCUCCAGAUUGAGCCUCUUAGCGUCACGAUGAACCCAGAAUCCGAAAUUUAUUGA